AUGACCACCUUCAACCUCAACCUCAACCUCAACCAACCAACCAACCAACCCAAAGAUAUCAUGCCAGAACCAGCCACACUCCACCACCACCACCGACCAGGCUCACUCACCUCCUCUCCGAAUCGUAUAUCUCCUCGGCGUCGGAAGAACAAACCAGCACCUCCAACCGACCUGUCUCUCAAGACGCGUCCCGUUCGCAGCUUACCUACCACCCAACGCGUCGCAGUCGUCAUCCCACGUCCCUCAAGAAGCAAUACCCUGACCAAGAAGAAAAGCCAAACACUGUCUGCUUCCACGUCAGCACCGAACCUGAAAAUGCCGUCUCGUAAACGAAACUGCCCCGAGCCAUUGGGUCGAUUCGAUUCAGAUCAACAGCCUGAGAUCAUCCCCCGCCUGCGGAAGAAGACGCGCCAAUCUGGUCCAUUGACCCCUGCUCCAACUAGUCCGAUCAACCCUCCAGAUCUAGAAGCUGAGAGCUCAGAGGAUGAGAUCUUGCUCAAGCCAUCAACCCACACCAAACCAGAGCCAAAGACCAAGCCGCUUCAGCUACCCCCCAGUCCCACCUCAUCUCACAACGACUCCCCGGUCCGUUCCCGAGCAAAAACCAGGAGUCUGACUAGACAAGCUGAUCAAAGGCAGGCAGGAUGUGAAUCAACACCCGUCAAACUCAGGUCAAAGAAAAGUGUUCACCAAACGGCACCCGUCAAUCGCGCCUUGACUGACCACUCGGUCAAAGAUCCAACUUCUCUAAAAACACGCGGCCGACCUCGCCAACGGCCUCUUUCGCCCAGCCCCUCUUCCCAUCGAUCACCGACCAACCGACUGACCAAGAAUUCAGGACACGUCCAGCUUCUCGGCCCCGAGAGUGAUGGCGACGACUCCGACGGCCAGGCUACCCUCACCGCAACCUCUCCCUUAAAAGCCAAGCUCUUCAAGACGCGCGUCCAGCCCCAUACGCCGAACCCACCUCGCACAAGCCCGCGUCGGGCAGGCCCUUCAGCAAUCGACCCUACAAUCAUGCCCGAUUCUGAGAACGUCGACGAGCUGCUGAGGCAGAUAGAAAGCAUGAUUCCAAAGGACUCGCCCAUCCUGUUAAAUCAGGCUUCCUUCCAAAAACAAAGAGCGCCAGAUGGCUCGGUUGAAGCGAAGGAAGACGACCUCGUCUCUGGAGUUGAUGAGCGAUGCUUUAAAGUGCUGGAAGAUGCACAGCUUGCUGAAAGGAGCGAUCAGUCUGACAAUGAAGACUCUCAGGCUAGCGAAACUGACGAUGACCAAGUGGCAAAAGAACUCAAUCAACAGUUGAUUCCUUCUUCCAACCGGUCCCCUCGGAGGUUGUCCUCGGUUUCUCCACUAGAAAUCUCGGCUGGAACGACCACAAGGCUUCGUCGCUUGACCCACCACACCAAGCGUCCUGCGAAGGCCUCCAGUCCAGACAAAGCCUUGGCCAAGGAACCUGUGGCCGCGCCCAAGACCGUCGCUUCACCAGCCAAGACGGUCGUCGACAAGGACGGAUUCCCCUCGUCCGUCGUCACUCCUUAUUUACACGACUUACUCCAGCACCUGUCCGGAGUAAGGCCUCUGUCGAUCCGUAUUCCCCAAGCACUUGCCUCAAGCCUCUCCGACCCUCACAAACACGAUCCUUCCCGGAUCCCUACCAUCCUCGACCAGACGCCCUGUCUCGUCGGACUCGAAGACUUGGAAAUCGAACUGCGCUCGAUUCUCUUUCGGUCUGUCUCCCAACAAGAAGAGAAUGUUCUGUUGUUGUCUGGAGCUAGGGGAAGCGGGAAAACUGCACUCAUUUCUCGCUCGCUAUCGUUGCUAUCUGAUCCCCUCAUUUGCGGAUCGGAAGGCUUUAUCACGAUCAAGCUGAAUGGGCUAGUCCACAACAGCGACAAGGUCGCCUUGAAGGAGAUGUGUCGCCAGCUAUUUUCGUCUUUGGCGCUAUCCAAAGAUUCCGAUCAGAGCCGGAAAUUGGACCAAGUUAAUCGGGAUCUGGACUUCCAACCCGACGACAGCGCUGAUGAGGAUGAAGAAGAGGAUGAAGACGAGGUCGCGGACAGUGCUCGCCGGGCGGCCGUGGUCAACCAACCUAGGUUCACCAACUACGGGGAAACCUUGAAGAACUUGUUGGACGUCCUCGAGCCCUCGUCUUCUCUCUCCAUUGAACAUGAUCCAAUCCUUGCUCGCCAAUCUCAUCAGAAGAAGCCGCAGAAUAACAAGGCCUUGGUCAUCAUUCUGGAAGAAUUCGACCUCUUCUCCGACCUAGAUCGCCAGUCUUUCCUAUAUUGCUUGUUGGACUCUGUCCAAGGCAAUAAACGACAGAAUGGGAUCUGCGUGAUCGGGACUACUUCAGUUGUUGAUUGUUUGGAUAAGCUCGAGAAACGGGUCAAGUCGCGAUGUCAAUCGCGGAUUCGCUACUUACAUUCUCCAAAGACCGAGCCCGAACGCAUCGAUCUCCUCAGAUCCCUGCUCGAACUUCCCGGCGACCAUCUUCCCGAAGCUUCCUCUGCCUCUUCUCCUACUAAGAGUGUGGAUCAGAAACGGAAGACUUUCGUGCAGAAGUGGAACGACAGUCUCGGGGCGUUCUUGGACCAUGCUCAUACGCGCGACUGGCUCCGAUCCAAAUUCAUGUUGAUCAAUGAUCCAUUGGUCCAAAUCUUACAAGACUUGAACGGAAUGGUGUCGAUGAUAGCGUACCAAGCGAAGCGGACGGGGCAGCUGAAGUUACCGGCGUUGAACCCGAGCGAGUUAUUCCCUACGCGGCCGGUGGGUGGCGGGACAGGGCCUACGAAGCCGAAGGUGAUGCGGAGCUCGACGCUGAUCUCGACGACGUUGCCAUGGUGGGCGGACGCGCUGAGCAUCGCCGAAUUCUCCGUCCUCAUCGCCUGCAAACACCUCUCCUCGACCCACCAUAAUGGGAUCUUCAACCUCGAGAUGGCUUGGGACCUUUACCGCCAACAUCUCAAACGGCUCUCCUUCGCUCUCGACGCUGAGCCCCUUUCCUCCGAUGUCCGAGCUAAAGACCAGUUCAGACCCGCCGUCGUUCGCUCGCAAGUCUAUGGUAGAGACGCUUUCGAAUUAGCAUGGGAGAGAUUACAAAGAUUAGAACUCAUCCUACCGCUCGAAGUCCUCAACUCAAAGGCCGUCGCGCUGGGCCAGAAGAAGAAGAGCUCGGUGAUCUUGGGCAAGCGCUAUGAGCUGGUCAAGCUGGUGCCCUUCCUCUCCCAGAUCGACCUCGUCCUCCUCGGCUCCUCUUCCUCCCAACAGCUCCCUCGUGUCGGACUCGCUCAUCAUCUGCUCAAAUGGGCUAAAAAUUCCUCCGAUUAAGCCGCGACUCCUCUCUUCUUGGACUCUCUCUCUCUCUUUUGUCUCCCUUAUACUGUUUGUUUGCUGUGGUUGUUUCUCUCUUUCUCUGGUUGCGUCUGGAGUUCUCUUGCUUGGACUUUUUUCCAUUGUUUAGUUGAUAGUUGAGCAACAAAAAUCAAGGCGAGUCAUCUUGAAGAAAACGGGACAACUCUUGUCCUGGGCUGUUUCACGUUUUCUGAUAUGCUAUAUAGUCAUUGAACCAUCCAUUAUAACAUAUCUCCUUCUAUAUUGAUCUUUCCAGCUCUUUGCUAUUCCACACUUCCUGCUGGUUUUUCUCUCCUAGUCAUUCUUAUUACUUUUUUAUCACGUGUAUGCUAUCAUCAUCAUAUCCAUACUUACAUCAAGACUACCAUCAUCUCUCAUUUUUUUUUAUCCUCUCUUCGGUUAGAAUUAUUUAAGUAUGUAUUUUAUAAACAGUUUAUCCAAUACAGAAUUAUGAAGUAUUCCUCGUAAUGUAAUCGAGACGAAAAUUAACCCCCUGAUAUGAAAGAAGUCG